UAAAGCCAUUCAGUUGUUUACAGCUUGAGCGCGAGUUAAGAACAUUUUUUCGUAUUGUGUGUGUGGAGUGCGAAAGAAGAAAAUUAUUAUUAUUGGUCGGGAAGAAAAAAAAAGAAAGAAAGUUGGUUAAAUUUGAAAAAAGAUAUAUUUACAUUAAUCCGACAGAAAUUUAUGUUGUAAACUAAAACAAAGAAAUAACGGGCGUUAAAAUACCAACAAAGAAAAAUGCGCUGCUUGAUAUUAUAUGCAGCCCUUUUAGGGGCUGUAGCAGGUUAUACAACCAUUUCUAAUUCCUUACCGCCUGAAAUUACUACAAGAUUAGAUACUACAGAGGCACCAACUUCUAGUUCCGUGGGACCAUCUUCAACAACCGCUUCUUCUACAACCCAAUCAAAUCUGAUCGAGGAAGUGGUGUCCGAAUUGCCAGUUUCUUUACCCCCUAUUCUGGAGGAGGUAGAUCUUCCCAGUAUUCCACAUCGCCGUAUGGUAACUUACGAUCAACGUCAAGAGGGCCAGUACAAUAUACGUGCUGAUUUGGAUAAUUUUAUGAUUGUCCUAAUACCCCCCGGACCCUCGGAGGGUAUGGGCCUUUUGGAUUUGCUUACAAAAUCUUCGUUAAGACGAACCUCUCAUACAUCCAAAAAUAAAAAGAAACUUUAUUCUACAGCCACUGGUUUGAAACCAGAUGCUUUGAAACAUUUGAACUACUUUAGAAAUCAUGAUCAACACUUGGGAGCCUCGAGAGCAGGAGAAUUUAUUGAUGGUCGUACUCCCUAUCAUGUGGAUAUUGCUUCUCUCAAUGAUGAAGAAAUACAACCACGUUUAAAUCCCGAUCGUCAAGUAGAUGUUUUGCCCCCUUCCUACCCGGUGGCCUAUCAGCAUUUAAUGAAACCUUAUCAUUUAGAAGCUGAGUCCUCACUGCUGCCACCUUCGGAAAUAGGUCUACAGCAUAAUACAGAUUCUAACCCAUCCCAAAAUGCCGACUAUUAUCGCUUUGCCCGCUACAUAAGAGGUGACAAUUUUUUGGAUUCAAAUCGUGUUACCUCUUCCAAUCGUUUAGGUUCCCCAAGCACCUCCUACCGCCGACAACAGUUACCCAUGUAUCGUUCAGAUCUCUCGAUGGGAGCUUCUCAAUUAUAUCCUCCCUUAGAUGUGCCUCAAUUCAAUUAUCAUAUGGCUCGUAAUUUUGGUUCAAAAGUAUCCGCUUCUCCCGAAGAUAUUGAUAGCAAACAAUCUUUGGAUUCUGAUCUUGGUUACAGUGAAAUAAUUAUACCACCCGCCCAUUUACCUUUGGAAGAUGACUUAGAAUUGGCCUUAAACGAUGACAGUCUAUUGGAGGGUGAGGCUAAGGCUUUACUUAGCGAUGGCAUUGAACGUUGUGCUCCCGGUAAGCGACGUGAUAGUUAUGGUGUGUGCCGGGAAAUUGAAGGUUAUUAGUAAGCAUUAUUUUGCAUUUUAAGGAUAAUAUAUCCUUUUUGGAUUCUUAAUAUAAGUUUUGAAAAAAAAUCGACUGCAUUAGUUGUUUAGUUAAUAGUUUAAGGUAUUUACUGCAUAAGCCAUAAAUUUUUUAACAAUGAAUUCUUUUACAUUUUAGUAAAAUUUAAUUGAGUGUUUAGUAUGUAAGUGUGAAAAUUUAUUUAAAUAAAUAAAAUAUGAAUAAUUUAAUA